AUGGUGGCCAUUCGCCAAAUGCUGAGACGAACUUUAUCCAGCGAGAGGAGAUCAGCUGAGGUUCCAAAGGGGCACUGUGCUGUCUAUGUCGGAGAAAAUGAGAAGACACGGUUUGUGAUCCCUGUGUCGUACUUGAACCACCCCUCGUUUCAAGAGCUGCUGUUUCAAGCUGAGGAAGAAUUCGGGUUCCAUCAUCCAACUGGUGGCCUCACCAUCCCCUGCAGCGAGGAUUUUUUCGUUGAUCUAACGUCCCGGUUGAGCAGAACGUGAUGUGUUCAUGAGGAUCACAGUUUUGUAACUAUUUUUUAGAAGGGACAAAAAAAAAUAUACUUCAUUAGGAAAAGAAAUGUAAAGAUUACUACUGACUCAUUUUUGGAAAACCAUUGUUUGGUUA